CUGUACUUUUGUUUAGUUUUGUUUUGAUAGUAUUACGGUGCUGUUCAUUUUUUCUUUUUUUGUUUUGUUUUGGGGGGGCAUAAAAAUAUCCGGAAAUUUCCCCAAAAAGUAUAAUUUUCCCAGACUUUCGACACCUAAUACUCAGAAUUGCAAUUAGGUAACAAAUUCCCCCAAAUGGGAAGGCUGGCACCACUAUAACCACUAACAAGGACCCUUGGGAACCCCGUAACCCCUGGAACCGGCGUACCUAAGUGUCCCCUAAAUUUGUUACACUUUCCAAGUUUUCAGCGUAACUAAACUAAAUCUAAGCGGCGGACUAAUAAGACAUUUAUUUAAGUCAUCUUCUUUGUCACUGACUUCAUACUAUUGUUUCUGUAGGAAGUAACAUUUUUAUUAACAUUCAAAACGCCCUCGCACACCCACCCACUGCCCAACCCAAAAGUUCUCGCAGGGGAUGUUGUCUGGCUGAGAAAUUCUGCCACGGAAGAUUUAACACGAAUUAUUGACAAUACCACUUUUUCAUUUCUAGGGGAUAAGGGUUAGGAUGAGGAAAGGUAUUGGGAGUUUGGGACAUGGUGAAGGGCCAGGAUUAAGGGAGAUAAUGAUUGAUGAUCCUCUUCCUAAAUGUGUCAAGAGUGGGACUAUUAACUACAUGAGAUUACCACGCAAAGGAAUAUCAGGAAAAAGCUACAUGAGGCACAUAAGUUACCACGAGAGUGACUACCAAGGAGGGAUCGAGAGAGAGAGAGAGAGAGAGAGAGAGAGAACCACGUACUGACCACUGUGAACCUGUGACCAGAUAGCGCGGCCCGGUCAACCAUCACCAUGGCCCUGCGAGGCAUCAAGGUGGUGGAGAUGGCCGGCCUGGCUCCAGCACCCUUCUGUGGCAUGAUCAUGGCAGACUUUGGUGCCAGUGUCAUCAGGAUUGACAAGACAAGUGGACCGGACAUGGACAGGCUUGGACGAGGCAAACGAUCCGUGGCGCUGGACCUGAAGAGGCCGGAAGGGAUCAGAGUGGCACGGAAGCUGUGUAAUAGUGCUGAUGUCCUUAUUGAGCCUUUCCGAAGGGGAGUCAUGGAGAAACUUGGACUCGGGCCAGACACACUCACCAAGGACAACCCAGGACUCGUCUAUGCCAGGCUGACAGGCUUUGGGCAGUCUGGGCCAUGUGCAGACAUGGCCGGGCAUGACAUAAACUAUGUGGCCUUGACUGGUUUGCUAUCCAUGCUUGGGCGCAAGGAAGGGCCGCCAACUCCCCCCAUCAACCUUUUGGCAGACUUUGCAGGCGGCGGCCUCAUGUGUGCACUGGGCAUCGCCUUCGCCCUGCUGGAACGCACUAAGUCUGGACACGGACAAGUGAUUGAUGCAAACAUGGUGGAGGGCGCGGCUUAUGUUGGCUCAUGGAUCUACUCCUCCCAGGACAUGAUGUUGUGGGGCAAGCCUCGGGGGCACAACUGGCUAGAUUCUGGGGCUCACUUCUACGACACCUACGAGACCAGCGAUGGCCGACACAUGGCUGUGGGGGCGAUAGAGCCUCAGUUCUAUGCAGAGCUCAUCUCUCUCCUUGGCCUUGACCCAGACGAGACCAGCCAGUUUGAUGACCCUGACGACAUGAAGAAACUUUUGUCUGCCAGGUUUAAGGAGAAGACACAAGCAGAGUGGAGCAAGGUGUUUGAGGGUAAGGAUGCCUGUGUCACUCCAGUCCUUAGUAUGGAGGAAGCCCCCAACUACCCCCACAAUGCCUCUAGGGGAUCCUUUGUGCCCUCCCCCUAUACACCUGGCCAAUAUGUUCCCCGCCCUGCCCCCCUGCUGUCCCGCACCCCAGCCCCCCUCCAGCCUGGGGUAAGGGCACCCAGGAUUGGAGAACAUACGACAGAAGUUCUUGCUGAGGCCGGGUUCUCCAAGGAAGCCAUUGAAGUGUUACUGAAGGAGAAGAUUGUGAUGGAGGCAAAGAAAAAGGCAAACUUGUAGUAGUGUGUGUAUGAGUGUGUGUGUGAAUGUGUGUGUGUGUGUGUGUGUGUGUGUGUGUGUGUGUGUGUGUAAUUCACCACGGCCUGAUCACGUGUUGGACUCAUAAUCGCCAGCAGGUACCCUCCCAACAUGAGCAAGUGCUCUUUAUCGUCGGUCUGUGGGUACUGGGUGUUGGUGUGGGUGUACACACACACACACACACACACACACACACAGCAGUGUGUUCAUGCAUACAUACAUGCACUUGUGGAUGUAUGUUCAUACAAAGCAUGUAUUAGGUUGUUUAAUUAUAUAUAUAUAUAUAUAUAUAUAUAUAUAUAUAUAUAUAUAUAUAUAUAUAUAUAUAUAUAUAUAUAUAUAUAUAUAUAUAUAAUAUGAUUUAAUACAAAGGGUGUUUAUAAUGAAAGACUAGAAGAAUGUAUAUUAUAAAGAUGAAUAUAUUUUCCAAAGCUGUUCAAAACAAUAUUAUUUAAUAGGGUUUAUUGAUUUGGAUGUGAGAUUUUGUUUUCUAUUAGUGUCAUAUUUUAGUAAAUCAUAGCUAGUCUUUAAUUUGUUUAAGGUUGAUGAAGAGUUCAUUGUUUGUAAGACUCCUUAUUAAAGGAAAGAAAAAUACUUAUUAUGUACCAUAUUUGCUGGCAUAUAGGAUGCACCUCCACAUAACAAACACCCUAUUUUACAAGGAUAUCUUGAGGAGAAAAAGAUGUAUAAGUUUCAUCAAAAAUUAUUUUUCCCAUCUGCUUCAGCUAACUUGAAGCUGAGUGGCUGUGAAACAGCUAAAUUUGGAAUGAAUAUGAGAGCAGCAAAACAGUAUUUGGUGUGCAUUCACAUGCUCAUCAUGCCCAAACAACAGCUAGUUUUUUUCUUUUUCCAAUAAAAAAACAUUGUUACCAUGUAUUUUUUGGUUACAAAAUAAGCCCAUUUGUGACAGCUGGCAUCCAACCCUGAUGCUCCUGCUGUCAACUGGGCAUGACCUACCGAUUGUCACAUGCCACCAUGGCCUCCACUUUACUUAAAUUUGGGGUUGCGCGCAAUGGACAAUACUGGCCGUACCAACCCAAUGACACUAAACAUGUUAGGACAAAAAUAGAUGCGCUGAAAUGCACAGGUUAAAGUGAUUUUAAAUUAGCCUUAGUGCAUAUAAAUACAGUAUGUACUGAAAUCAAGGACAAAAUUACAAUUUUCUUGGUUGAUGGCUAACCAAAAUAUUGCACAGCUCCCCUGUUACUGUUAGUGAAGUAACUUAAAUUCAAGGCUGUAGCACUGCCAUUAAUGCUCCUCCUUGAUGGAUUUGAACUCGGUGAGGAAUUUACAAUAAAAAAGAACUAACAUAACCCUACACUAUCUUUAAUCAGAUCAGCCUUGUGGUUUGUUUACACAGGAGUGGCUGGUUACUGAGUAAUGCACAGUCUUGGUCUUAUUCUUGCCAUCAUUGUAUUAUGGUGGUAGGUUACUGUAUAGAUUUAGGCAGGGUUAUGUUAGUUUGAGAAUAGUUUUUAACUUGUUGAGUAAUGAUAAGUUACUAUUUUUCCCCCUUUUUUUAAAGUAGAGGACACAGCUCUAGGGCAAAAACAAAAAGAAAACAAACAAACCCAAUCAGCAUUAUCUGCCACUUUAUUUGAUAAAAAGUCACAUAGUAACAACUCGUUUGCAGAGCUGCUCAGCAAAUAACUACACUGCAUUAAUAUUAUUUACCAAGUACUGCUAGUAACAGUUUGUGUGCUAGUGUACAUCUUCUGCCCCUGCAACCCACUAGCUUAGCACCUUGGACCUCAAGCAUACGGUCUCUGGUUUGUAAUAUACAGGCAUAAGAUGCAGGAUAAAUUUUAAUACCUCACAUCAGAGAAAAAUGCAUCCUAUCCACCAGCAAAUAUGGUAUAUGGUUGAGUCUGAAGCAGCCUUUUUGUUAUGAAGUUGUUUAGGAGUUAAGGGGGUACGGGACACCUGAGGUCAACUAACUAAACUAUCAGGUAUUACGAUGAAACUGAGUAGGCAUCUAUGUUGCCUACAAUUUGUACAAGCCAGAACGGGCUGGGCCGACCAUCAGGCCCCACCUGGAAGAACCCUUGGGCCGACCAUCAGGCCCCACCAGGGAGAUGCCUACCGGCGCAACAGGCAAC